UAUAAAUGUCAAAAUAAAAAUAAAAAAAAAACAAAGAUUUUUACUUUUUUUAUUUUGCUUCUGAUUUCGCAAUAUAAGUAAAUCAUGAGUUUAAUUUUACUUAACGCAGCGAAAUUAAUAGGGAGCCGACUGCCUAACAGGUUUGCUAGAAGUAUAACUUCAUCAAAAAUUUGUGCUUCUGCACCUCCGACAAAGUUGCCCACAUCGAAUGCAAAGAAAAGUGAAGAAUCUGACCAGCCUAUUCAAUUUUUAGGAAGCAAAGCUGCAUCAUGGCAUGCUAAAGAUACUAGAAGCGGACAUGUUGAUGAAAUGUUAUGGUACCAACCGUAUGUUGUUAUUGCAAGUGUCGCAGUUUUUCUAAUAUAUUUUUGCAUUUUGCGAGAAGAAAAUGAUAUAGAUAAGAAACUAGAAGGGAGUUUAUUUGACCAUAUAAGUGGCCUUGAAGAAGCGCAACUUAUUAUUAGUUACAGAUAUAAUAAGGAUAACGGGUUAGACGUAAAAGCGAUUGAACAGCGUUUAACUGAACUUGGUAUAGAUAUUAAAACUUUAAAUUAGGAAAAAGAUGCUAUUUUUACAAUAACUUAUUAUAUUUACUUUAAGCAAAUUUCUUUUAAAAUAUGAUUUCUAUAAUGAUUGCUUAAUAAAAAGUACCUAUGUAUGAUGUAAAUAAAAAAUUAAUCUAUA